AUGUUGUGUGCAAACAAGCAGUUUUUAUUUACCACUCUUCCAUGCUCCUUCGGUCGUCUCUACCUGGCGAUUGUUCCGCAGCGGGCAAGAGGGAACUGA